UCAUCGGGCCCGGAUUUCGUGAUCAAUGUUGUAAUUAUUUAAAUUAUGGGAAAUUCAGUUUUGUUAAACGAAAAUUUCUUUAAUAUUUUCGAAAAAGCUUUAUGUGAGCAGUGAAAUAAAAUAUGGUUUAAAAUGUCGUCACCGUCUGCUAUAGUGUGUCGCGAAAUAUUCGAUGAAAAUAGUCAACCGUCGGCCGAUGAAAUAUCAGAAUAUGCUCAACAAUUGGGUAUUGAUCCAGAAAGUGAGAGCCAUCUCUUGCCUUUGGCCCGGGAAGGUCUUAUGCAAGCUCUGCCACCUCCCUGGAAGGCAUAUUUUGAUGAGAAGCUCCAAACUCAUUACUAUUAUAAUGAGGACACAAAAAGGACACAAUGGGAACAUCCUCUAGAUAAAGUCUAUAAGGAGCUUGUGAAGAAGGCAAGAGAUGCCUCAAUACAUGAUGAUACUUGUGCUUCCGUACAGGAACUACCAACUUCGGAGGACAAUACAAAAAAUUUAGAACGUGUUGAAACGAAAGUUGAAAGUGAUGAUGACGACUUAUCAACAGACAGCGAAAAUCAUCCGUCUGAUGUCAAAGAUGCUGUGAACGCUGCUCAACGUCGCUUAACACCUCUCGGACGACCACCCCUUGCCCCUCUAUCGAGGCUUGAUAAAAAACUGAGUGAUUUGAGAAUAUCACCCUUAAGACGAAGUGUUGAUGGUCCGAUUUCCCCUAAACCAGCCUUAGUAAGGAAUACUUCAGAUAGAGAUUUGUUUAGUCGACCAACUUUUGAAAGGCCAAAAAUGCUAUUCAAGCAGCAAUCUGAGAUCAUUGAUUUAAAGAUGCACAUACUAAGCAGUCCAGAAGAAGAAAACUUUAGCCCUCUCUUAUCAACUGCAAAAAUAGACAAAGGAUUGCCAUUUUCAGGUAAAGGUAAUAUGUUUAUGAGGCUUUGUAAAUCAGAUUUACCAAGUCCAGAUACAGAGAAGUCCCUUCCGGGUGAUUCUGUAACUAAAAGUGAUCCACCAAAAGGGAUACUUAGAGAAAAAUCGGAUUCCUUCCAAAGAAAACAUGAGAGUGCGAUUUUGGGAAGACCAAAGCAGACUUAUAGCUUUGAUGAAGAUAAGAAAAGUGUCAGAUUUAAAUUAGAAAACGUUCCAGAACCUACUGUUAGUCCGGGAUCAAAUAGUUCAUCAGAUCAAAAUGAAGGACAGAGUUCAAUAUUAAGUGCUCCUCCUGUAUCCAUACAGUCAACUCUUGUUUCAUCACCUAUCAUCCCAUCAUCACCUGUUGUCCCUUCCCCUACCGUACCCUCCUCCCCUCUUCCCUUAUCACCAAGUCCAUCCCCAGUGCCAAUAAUGUUGAAUAACGUUCACCUAUCGCCGCUAGUAGCUAGACCUCCAUUGCCACCUCGGCCACACAUAGCAGAAAGUCCGAGAGAACCCAAGAGUAGCUCCGAGAAAGAUUCUUUUGAUGGUGAUACUCGUGACAAAUCACCGAGAAGACGUAUUUUGAAGCCGUCACCUUCCGACUAUAUAAAACCUGAUUUAUUUCAAAAGAACUUCCAGAAGAUAUCAGAUCUAGUCCGUCGAGGUGACGGGGACUCUCCAGUGAACAUUGAAGAACCUGGCUCUGAUAAGGAGGGUAGACCUAGAUCACCUAUGAUACCACAAAAAAAUAAAAUAUCAAUAAAUUUAAUGGAAAGUAUAGAUUCGGAAACGUCAAUCGAUUCUCCUGAUAGAGAAUUCGCGAAUAUCGAUCUUAAUGAUCUCGAUGAAUCGAACGAAAGCCACGAAAGUCAGAAGAAAGAUAAAUCCGAUAAAAGUUUAGACAUUGAAAAAAGUUCUAAAGAAAGUGAUGAGUCAGUACACAAUCAUUCCAAGACGUCAGAGAAUAGACCUCAGAGAAUUUCAGACAUGCCUAUACCACAAAUAAAAGUUCCUAAAUUAGAUCUCCUGUCUAAACAAUCUAAAUUCACACAUUCCGAUUCUGAGGAUUCUAGAAAAUCAUCUAAUAGAGAUGACGAUGUUAAAACAACACCUAGAUCUAAUAGCAUUGAUAUACCAAAAGAUAUAAAAACUCAAAUCAAAUUGUCUCCUACACCUAGUUUGGGUUCCGAUAGAUCGCCUAGGUUGGACUUUGGCAAAACUUUUUCAACCCUAUCUACCUUUAAACCGUUAAAAUUAAAUACGCCACAGAAUAAAUCUUCAGAUUCAGUUAGUCUUGGUAAAACAAGUCCUAGAUUAGAUGGAGUUAUUAUAUCACAAGGCAAAAGUAGUUCAGAUAAUGUAGUCGUAGUAUACCAAUUUGAAACGCAAGAAGAAAAUUUUCCAAAACCAAUCAAAUCUCCCUUAGUACCUGAUAUGGGUACAAGAGAUUUUAUUGAAAGAAAUAAAAAUGACGAAAAAAGGAGAUUGGAACUGUCAUUGCAAAAAGAAUUAGAGUUGAUAAGAAUGGAGUGGUCCGCUAAAGAGAAGAAAAUGAGAGCAGAGGUACAGGAGGAGAUAAAAGAAGCGGAACAGAAGUUUUUAACUGAAAAGAGAAUAAGACUUAAUGAACAAGCAGAUCGACAUAAAAGAGACAUGGAAGAGGCUUUAUCUACAGCUGAGCGUAAUCACGAACAAAUGUUGCAAGACGCAUUGAAAGAGCUGGAAAAACGUCAUCAGGACCAAGUGGAGUCUGCGGAGAGACAACACGCAGAGAACAUGGCGCGACUGCGAGAAGAUUAUAGAAUUAAGUUGGCUGAUGAAACUGAGAGUUUGGAAAUUGAGAAUGAACGAGCUCUUUGUGAAUUGAGAGAGCAAUUACAGAUGAGUCUGAACAGAGAGAGAACUCGAAUGAUAGAAGAGAACAGAGCUACCAUAGAGACUCUGAGAGAAGAACACACCACGAGGAUUACUGAACUAAGACACGAUUAUAGAGCUGAGGUGGAGAGGUUGCGCGGUCAGCACGCGUGUCACGUGGAGGAGGUGCGCGCGCGGCUGGCGGGAGAGCGCGCGGCCGCCGCACGCAGCGCGCGCGCGUCUCCGCACGACCGCGACCGCGCGCUCGCUGACAAGUACCGCUGUCUCAAGGAGAAGUAUGCACGUCUCAAGCACGAUGUCAAGAUGUCAAUAGAGCGUCGCAACAAACGUCGCGAGAUGAGCAUGACAACCGGCUCCGAAACUGAGAAAUCUAAUUCACACAAAGCCACACAGUCUCAUGAAAAAUGUAAAGAAGCUAACGAGAAGAGUAUAAGCGUAGUGAUCGAGACAGAACCACGAGUGAGACGUAACAAUAAUACUGUUAGAAACAACGACAACGAAACAUCCGCCUCUGAGAGUAACGCACACAGAUCUGAUAAUAACAACGACUGGAAACUGAAGACUAACAUUUUACCAUCAGCGGAGUCGUCGUUAACGUCGGGGGCGAAGGCUCCGCGCCGACGUACCGCAGUCGCCUUCCGCGAGCCGCCGAAGUCGGACCGCGACCGCGACAGAGAUACCGGAGCUACCACCGACUAUCAAGACUCCUCAGACGCGACCACAGCAGACGAAAAACCCAAAGAAACUAUUAAUGGUCACGGUCGUCGGCGAUGCUUCACAAGAUUAAAGUCUGCCUCCACAUCUAGACUCAAUUACUCACCCAAACGUGGCGAAGGUUGGUCCAGUCCGCUGGAAUCUCUUCGUCAGCAGCUCCGCAAGUUGGACGACUUAGAAGAUCAGUUCCCGGACUUAGCUUGUCAACCUGCUUACAGUCUGCGAUAUCCCUUCUCUGAACUAGGUGCAGUGACGACGGCGAACACUCCCGAACUGGAGUUCGUACGUCACCGCGCGCUGGUGGAGCGCGAGGGCAUGCGACGUGCUCGCGCCGUGCUCAAGCGACGUCGUGCAGCGCUGCGGGACUCGCGCGCCAACCUCUCCCCGCACCGCGCCACCUCGGAGACUACGACAAGUGAAGCAUCUUCAGGUAGCGAGGGUGGUGAUGGUGGUGACGGUGGUGAGGGGGUUGAGGGGUUGGAGACGAGUGGUGCAGUGCUGAGGUCGCUCCGUGCACUACACGCAGACGUGCGCGAUAUCUGGCGAGCUCUGGACGCCCGAAGACCAAACAACACUUCACCUGAAACUAGUUCCUACAAUGUAGCAACUACAUCGCAGACUAGGAUGACUUUAUCCGCACCUGAUCCAAUGUUAAAUGAAACAUCCGAUGGAGUGACUGAAAGGGCUAAAGGGCUCCGGGCUUGGCUUCAAACGGCCCCAUGAAACGUUUCCGACUGAUUCUUGUCUUAUAAUCUAGUCUAUAAUUUCCAAAUGUCUAUCUAGAAGUCUAAUAUUCCAUAGAAUUAUAUUUACUUACGUUACAAUGUUUAUUUAUCCCGAGAAAUUAUGCCAAAUG